GCCCCCUCCAGCGCUCAGCACAGCAGACGAUGUGCCAGUGCGUUGUCACGGCUUAUGGCGUCGCUAGCGUAUUCCAGCUCCACCGAAGUCUUAUUGAAUGAAACUAACGAGCCCAGGAGCGACCUUUUAGAAGUCGCCGACGACUACUGAAGCACACCGUCGCUUUACCAUUUCCACAUCUAUCUCGGCCUCUGAACUCCUCGGAGAAAACCUUUGUCUCAGUUUUUUUAAAAAAAGAAAAGAACUGUGGAAGUAUGUUACUUACGUCUGGUGUAAACUAGAGAUAUUAAUUUUUAGAAGAGUGCAUCAAUCUUAUCACCUAACAGGAUAAACUCAUCGAAGUGUUUGAAGAGUGCUGUGUACUUCCUGCAAAUUCUGCAACAUUUCGUUUGCAAUUGGUGUGCUAUACAGUUGUGAUUUAUCUGACUGCUGCCGAGUGCUUGCUACAAGCAACACCUGGCUGACGGAGAAUUUGAAUCGCUGUUACCGAGCUGUGAAAAACGUGCGCGUUUCGUAUUUAGAAUGAACUGUGAAGUGAGGAAAAGUGGAGGACAGGCUUUGCGACGAGUGUGUCAUGUCGGCUGCAUUCAGUGAAUGUAGCUUCUUCUCAGGCCUCGGAUACAUGAAUUGCACACAGUCCAAGCCUCAUCAGUGCAGGUCAUGUGUGGUGUGGAACGCGAUAAGUAAGGCAGAACCUCAGGUUCGCCUGAGAGCUGUCAUACAUGUGCAAUGGACCCAUUUGUCACACGCAUCGGCGAUGUUACGAUUGAAAGGGUGGUACCACGAGGAUGUGCAAAGGAUGGGCACAUCCCGGUACCAUCCGUCAGCCUCGCGAAGAGGGAAGCCAAUGGCAGUGAGGAGGCUUUGGCAGAGGGCAUCAAUGUCAGUGAAGACCUCCAAAUCUUUUUAAAGCCCCCACCUGAAGGAAUGCUACGAGAUCAACAACUCCUGCAGCGUCAACCUCAGUUCCAUAUGCCUCAGCAACAUAUCCAGCAACAAAACCGCUUCCAUCAGCAGCACACUCAGCAUACACAACUGAAUCAGCACCUGCAAACCCACAGUUUCCAGCAGUUAAACCAAAACCAGCAAACUCUAAUGCAACAACAGUUAUCACAGGGGCAGAAUCAAAUGACACAGAGUGAGCAACAUGUGAACCAACAACAAAUCAGCCAUAAUCAACACAGUCACAUGAUGCCGAACCCAGUGAGCCAGCAGCAUCAGUCGAGUAUGGGUCAUUUGCAAGAUAGCAUCAAGCAAAACCAAAGCCAUAACCAAUCUCUGAAUGCACAGCUUACACAGAAUCAUCAGCUGGCCCAGCAUGAACAAAAUCACAUGCAGAUGAAUCUGCCACAACAAGUGUCUAAUCAGAUGCAACAAAUGCAAAGCCACCAGCCCCUUAGUCAGCAUCAGGUUAGCUCUAGUCAGCAGCUUAGCAGCCAGCAAGAGCAGACUCAUCCGGGACAUAUGGGUUGUCAGGAUCAGGCAAACCAAAAUCAAGCCCCAUAUGGGCAGAACCCGAUGAGCAAACAAAUCAACCAGCUGACUGUAAAUUCAUCCCAGAUGAGCCACAUGCAGCUGAAUCACAGUUCGUUAACUAAUAUACCAAGUGGUAAUCCAAAUAUGAAUCAUGGACAUUUGAACAGUGCGCUACCAUCCCACAUGCAAAUGAUUCAGCAACAAAGUCAUCAAAAUCAGUCAAGUCGUGUACACCACUCGCAAGGAAUUACUGACAAAACAAUGGAAGGAGAUGAUAGUGAAAGUGAACAAGAAAGUAGUGAUGUGGAAGAACUGUCAGAAAUGGGAAAUAAGGGUACUGUAGGGAAAGUUAGGCCUCUUACGACAGCUGAAGGUGCAAGUGAUGUGGAAGAGGUGGCAGGCGCAAGGGAUAGUUCUUCACAUCAAGAAAGGAAGGUACCAGAUACUACUGUAACUAGUGUCAAAGACAGUAGUGUAAAGCGUAAGGCACCAGAUUCAUCAUCCACUGGUCACAGCAAAAAGAAAUAUAAAGGCUCAGGUGUGGAUAGCAAUAACAAAGACGUCAGUAAAUCGAGAAGCAGAUCAUCAUCUUCUUCAUCAUCUUCAUCUGCCUCCUCAUCAGAAAGUGAAGAUACGCAGAGUGAGCAGAAUAAAACAGCAGUUGAAAGAAAAUUUUCAAAUAUGAGACGAAAUAUCCGUGAAGUGAUGAGUGAAAGUCAACUAGAUGAAGAGACUUUAGCAGCUCAACGCCAGGAAAUGGAGAGGUUACGGAGAGUACAAGAACAGCAGCGUAUUAUUAGAGAGGUUCAGCGCCAAAUUGUGCUUAAUCGCCAAAACAAUAAGACUCAGACGAGAGUUAUUUCACUACUUCAAGGCAACACAUCACUGUUGAGACAAACAUCGUCCAGUUCAAGUACAAGUACGACAACCAGCAGCAGCAGUGGCAGCACACAAUUGCGGCUUCCUAGUACUGUCCUCGUCAAGCUUGCUUCCCAACAGUCUGGAUCGGGCUCCAUUCUCUCCACCUCCAGUUCUGGAUCUGCCAGUAGCUCACAAACUGCUACUGCAACAAAGAAGGUUUAUGAAUUGCUGCGAGUGCACAAAGAAGCAACGGCAGCAGGAUCUCGUGCAAUGUCUCGCAGCAGCUCCCGUGCACCCGUACAUAUGAUGACACCAUCAGUGUCUAUUGCACCUGUAGUGUCGGGCCGGCAGCAGUCAGGAACUGACACAGAGGCUGAUGAUGAUUCAGAUCGUGAGGAGACAGCUAUACGCAAGGUCACUGGCAAGCCGAAAGGUAAAGAUGUAGUUACAAUCAGCAGCAGCAGUGAUGAUGAUGAUUGCAUAUUACUAUCGGAACCUUCCAGUGGAGAUGAAGCAGAUCCUGUGGAUGAUCCUACCAACUCAGGAAUGCAUACAAAUGACCUUUACAAUGUUCCUGAUGAACAAGGUCGUGUUCUUGUGAAUGUGGGGCAUCCUUCUACUGAGCCAGAUAUUUUCCUGGCACCGCAGAUUGCCAGAGUCAUCAAACCACAUCAGAUUGGUGGUGUGAGAUUCUUGUAUGACAAUGUUGUUGAAUCUCUUGAUCGCUUCAAUACAUCAACUGGAUUUGGUUGUAUAUUGGCACAUUCAAUGGGUCUUGGAAAGACAUUGCAGGUGGUUUCAUUCUGUGACGUAUUCCUACGACACACUGAUGCACGAACAGUACUGUGCAUCAUGCCAAUUAAUACUCUACAAAACUGGUUGGCCGAGUUCAACAUGUGGCUGCCAGAAAAGGAUCCAGAAAAUUCCCCGUUGGCUGUUCAUGGAGAAGUUAGAACCAGAAACUUCCCAUUACAUGUGCUGAAUGACUCUCAUAAAUCAAUGGUAGCUCGCAGCAAGGUUAUACAAGAAUGGUCAAAGAAUGGUGGUGUUCUACUCAUUGGCUAUGAAUUAUAUCGACAGUUAAGUCUGAAACGUGCUCAUAAGACAAAAAAGCGUCGGAAAAAGUCUGCAGAUAUUGUUGAUGUUGAUGAAGAUGACAAGACUAAAGUGUUACUGGAUGAAAUGCAGGCCGCAUUGGUGAAGCCUGGACCAGACCUAGUCAUCUGUGAUGAAGGACAUCGUAUCAAAAACAGCCAUGCGUCUAUAUCUCAAGCCCUGAAACAAAUUCGUAGCAAACGGCGAGUAGUGUUAACUGGGUAUCCACUCCAGAACAAUUUACUGGAAUACUGGUGCAUGGUUGACUUUGUGCGCCCAAAUUAUCUAGGGUCCAGAACUGAGUUUUGCAAUAUGUUUGAAAGACCCAUUCAAAAUGGCCAGUGUAUCGAUUCAACACCACAAGAUAUCCGAUUGAUGCGAUACCGAGCUCACGUCUUACAUUCCUUACUGGAGGGGUUUGUACAGAGGCGCAGUCAUUCUGUAUUACAAGUGUCUCUGCCGCAAAAAGAAGAGUAUGUACUGCUUCUCAGAAUGACUCCAUUUCAGCGUAAGCUGUAUGACACAUUUAUGAAUGAAGUUGUGAGAAAGAAAGCUGUACCCAACCCAUUGAAGGCUUUUGCUGUGUGUUGUAAGAUAUGGAACCAUCCAGAUGUUUUGUACUAUUUUCUGAAAAAACGUGCUGGUGGUGAAGAUGUGGAUUUAGACUUAGAUGAAGCAACUGCUGCAGCGGCUAAUGUAGCACCUGGAACUCCCAGUAGCAACUCUGGAACUGCAACACAGCCGAGUUCUCCACGAGGACCACCAGCAAAGAGGGGACGGGUACGUGGAAAUGCCAACCCUAACAGCCGUGCAAAUAAACGUGAUAAGAAGACCAGUGCAGCACAGCAAAAUGUUGGUGGAUCACCAAAUAAACCAGCUGCAUCUGUCACACCAAGUAGUACAGAAAUCAGUAGUACAGACCCAUCAAACUUGGGCUUGUCAUCUGGAAUUUCAGUCAGUGGUGCAGCACCAUCUGACCACAAAUCUCAGAUGCAAGAUCAACAACACCAACACCACCACCACCAUCAUCAACAGCAGCAGCAGCAGCAGCAGCAGCAGCAGCAGCAACAACAACAACAACAGCAACCACAACACCAACAACAGCUGCAGCAGCAACAGCAGCAGCAACAGCAACAACAACAACAACAUCAUCAACAACACCAACACCAACAGCAACAGCAGCAGCAGCUUCAUAAUCAGAACUUUGCCAUGAUGGGGCAUGCAAACCAGAACCAGUCCUUUGUAAAUGACCAUAGUGGCUCCUAUCACGAUAUGCAGUACCAUAAUUCUAGUCAUAAUGUUACGCAUUCUUAUGGUUCACAGGGAAACUAUGGAGUUACAGAAUUUGGGCCCAAUGCAACUAAUGCAUCAUUUGGAAACUUUGUCAAGACUGCCUACAAUAACUGCCCCGAUCAAGGAAAUACUGCUGUGUCUUAUGCAAAUAACCCAGGUGUAUCAUAUUACCAGACGAAUAGUUCUAGUCAGACUUCAACAUUCAGCUCACCAUACUACUCGCAUGCACCAGGCCAACAGAACACUAGUGGUAAUUCAUACCACUGUAGUUCUAACACUGCAGGGUCAACGUAUUGGCAAAAUACUCAGCCAAAUUACUUCCAACAGAAUAAUCAGAGUCAGUAUUAUGGUACAGGGAACACAGAUAAUAAUAUUUAUGGAACAUCUAAUAAUUCUCAAUACUUUUUAGGCUCCAGUUAUACUGAUACAGUGAAUGGGGACCGUUAUAUGACCCAAGGAAACUCAGAUCGUGACAGAAAUAUGUAUUUUAUGGGAGAAAGUGACCAAAUGGUAAUGCAGGUUCCAACUCAAACAUCACAAAACCAAAUGAGAGAUUUGCGGAAUGGCGUAGGUAGUUCAUUAGAUAUGAAUGUUCAGAAUCAAGUAAUGAACUCAGUGACUUCUGUUAAUAAUAAUUCAAACCAGAUUGCAAAUAUUGGUGGCCCACAGCCCCUUAUGAGGAAUCAGAGCAGUCAGCUUUCUAGUCAGACACAAGGUGAUGGAUCACAAAAUUUUAUGCAGAAUCAGCAAAAUCAAAUGACUACCCAGCCCCAAUUAAAUGUUUCCCAUAAUGGACAGAAUCAAAUGAAUUCACUUGGUUUAACAGGGAGUAUAAAUAGUACAAUUGGAACAAUGCAGAUGCAAAUGAGAAAUCAAUUGAAUCAGAUGACAAAUCAAAGCCAGAUCACCAAUAUGCAAAUGCAGAUGCAGAUGCAAAUUCAGAUGGUUAAUUUACAAAAUCAAGGUACAAACCAAAACCAAAUAAAUAACUUUCAAAAUCAAGCCGGAUGUCAACAAAAUCAGACAAGUCAACAGAAUCAAAUGGGAAUGCACCAGAUGCUAAAUCAACAGCAGCAGGUAAUACCACAAACAGAGAAUCAUCAAAAUAUGUCAAAUAUUCAUCCAAAUAUGGUUGGUGGUCAACAGCAUCAGAUUAUCCCACAACAGCAAAUUGUAUCACAACAGCAGAACCAAAGUGGACAACAAACACAAGUUGGACAGAUUAGUCAGUCUGGGCAGCAAACACAUGUGAGUCACCAACAGACCCAGCCGAUGAACCGGCAAACCCAAGAAAAUAUGCAGUCACAAUUAUCACCAUCUGUGUCUCAAUUGGAAACACACCACCUCCAGUCUGGUUCUCAACAGAACCUCACUAAUCAUGAAACGAAUCGCCAGGUGCCCUUAGCUACACAUCAGGUAGGAAAUCCUCAGUCUCAAACUGCAACCCAUAUGAGUUCACAAGUUUCAGAGAUACCAAAUCAUUUGGGAUCUCAGCAGCCCCAGAUGUCAAAUCAGACGGGAUCUCAGCAGCCUCAGAUGCCAAGUCAAAUUGGAUCACAGCAUUCACAGAUGCAGCCAAAUGUUGGACUACAGCAGAAUCAAGGAAUGUCUCAAAUUGGGAGUCUACAGCCUCAGGUGUCACCUCAACUAGGAUCACAGCAAGUGCAACCACCACCACAGAUUAUAGUCCAACAGUCCCAGAUGAUGUCUCAGUUGGAGAGUCAUCAAUCACAGAUUUCAUCUCAGAGGCAACCCCAUAAUUCCCAGUCACAUUCACAAGUUGGAUCACAGCAUUCCCAGAUGCUUCAGAAAAUGGGACCACAACAUUUGCAAGUGCCAAUGCAAAUGGGACAUCAGCAUUGUCAGAUAUCAUCCUCACAGAUGGGGCAUCAGAUUUUGCAGAUGGGAACUCAGCACUCCCAGAUGCCACAUGAAGCAAGUGCCCAUAAUGUGCAGAUGUCAUCUCAGAUUGGAUCUCAGCAGACUCAUAUGCAGUCUCAAAUGGCAUCUCAGCAAUCACAGGUGCCUCCCCAUUUAGGUACUUCAAAAACCCUCAUAUUAACACAGUCGGUGUCUCAGCAGUCAUCACAUUCUGAAAUGGGUUCUAGGCAAACCCAAAUGACAUCUGAGAUUGAAGAACUGAAUUCUCGAAUAGUUUCAGAAAUAGGAUCUACUCAGUCUCAGAAUAAUCCAGAGAUGGGGCAACAGCAGUCACAAACAACUUCUGAAACUGAAUCUCACCAAACUCAAGGCCCAUCUCAGUUUGGACAACGUGAGCUACAGAUGCCGACACAGAUGGGUUCGAAACAGUCCCAUAUGCCAUCCCUAGACCCCCAGCAGCACCAGGUACAGUCUCAGGCUGGAUCACAGCAGUCUAAUUUGUCUCCACAGUCGGAUCUGAAGCAGUCUCAUGUGGCUGCAGGAGUGGGAUCUCAACAGUCACAAAUGGUAUCUGAGCAUUCUCAGGUUUCUUCUCAGAUGGGAUCUCAUUACUCACAAGUAUCUCAUAUGACAUCUCAGCAAACACAGCUAUCUUUACAUGCAGGGUCUCAGCAACAGCAUGCCCCCACUCAGGCAGAAAAUGAGCAGUCACAGAUGCAUACACAUACUGUUCAGAAUUCUCUGGUUCACUGUCAAAUUGGAAAUCAACAGACGCUGGCACCUCAACAAUCUCAGAAAUCAUCUCAUAUUGGAAAUCAGCAAAUGGAACGACAGAAUCAGGUUUCAUGUCAUAUGGGAGCUCAGUUUACCCAGAUACUUCCUCAUCCAAGUGAUCAGCAGUCCCAGCUGCUACCUCGGCCAGAUUCACAGUCACAAAUGUUACCUCAAAUGGUAUCUCAACAUACGCAAGUGCAAUCUCAAACAGUGCAACAGAAUUUACAGGGGCAUCAAAUGGGACCCCAGAGCACUCAAAUUUCACAUCAGAUGGGACCCCAGAAUACACAGAUGCCACAUCAAGUUGGUCCACAAAACUCCCAGAUCCCACAUCAAAUGGGAUCUCAAAGUAAUCAACUGCAACAGCAGAUGGGAUCACAGAAUUCUGAAGUAUCACAUCAGAUUGGCUCUCAGAGCUCACAGAUGUUACAUCAGAACUCACAGAUGUCACAUCAGCUUGGAUCUCAAAACUGCCAAGUUCCACACCACAUGGGACAUCAGACGUGCCAGAUGUCUCAUAAUAUGCCAACACAAAACUCCCAAAUGCAGCAUCAGAUGGCAUCUCAGAACACACAAAUCUCGCAUCAGACGAGAGGUCAGAACCCCCAGACAUCAAACCUGUCAGGUGCUCAGAACACCCAACUAAUACAUCACAUGGGAUCGCAGAACAUGCAAGGGUCACAUCAGAUGAUGCCUCAAAACACUCAGUCAAAUCUUCAGAUGGGACAUCAGAAUUCUCAAAUGCCACCACAGAUGGUAUCUCAGAAUUCCCACAUGCAUCAUCAUAUAGGAUCUGUUAAUUCCCAGUUGCCUUCUCAGCUGGGAUCUCAUAAUUCACACGCAGCUCCCCAGAUGCAACCUCAGGAUGGACAACCUCCACAUCAGAUGAUGCUUCAGGAUUCCCAAAUGUCACAUCCAAUGGGGCACCAGGACUCCCAGGUACCACAUCAGAUGAGAGCUCAAGACACUCAGUUGCCACAUCAGAUGAGACCACAGGAUACUCAAACAGCACACCAGGUAGGCCCUCAGGAGUCACAGAUGACACAUCAGUUGCAGCCUCAGAACUCGCAGGUGCCAAAUCAUAUGGGACUUCAAGAACCGUGUGUGGCACAUCAUGUGGGAUCUCAGAAUUCUCAGCUGCAGCUUCAAAUGGGACUACAGAGCUCCCAGUCACCACAUCUCAGUGGAUCUCAGAAUGCAGAGACACCUUGUCAGACUAUGCCCCAGCACACUCAGCAGUCCCAACCUCUAGGUCCUCAGAAUUCUAUGUCAUCACAUUCAGGAGGACCACAGAACACUCAACAGCUGCAGCAAGUGGGAUCUCAAAACUCCCAGGUGCCUCAUCAGGGAGCCUGUCAGGAUUCACAGAUCUCACACAGUAUGAGUCCUGAGGACCCACAGCUGCCAUCUGAUAUUGAUUCUGAGGAUUCUCAGCUUCCAGCUCUAAUGGGACAUCAGAAUUCGAAGAUGACAUCUAAUACAGGGCCUCAUCACUCGCAGAUGAUUUCAAAUAUUGAAUCUCAGUCUUCGAAGGUACCAGGAACACAGCACGGUUCUGUGGCUACACAAGUUGGGUGUCAGAAUUCUCAAACAUUAUCUCAGAGGGCAGUGCAAGAUGGGGACACCGGACCGAAGAUGACCUCACAGUUGUCUCAGGCUGCUAUUCAGAUGUCGUCUCAGCAUUCUCACAUGCAACUUUUGAUGAAUUCUCAACAGUCACAAAUCACUCCAUUAAUGAACUGUCAACAGUCACUACAUAUUACAACCCCAGAACCUCAAAUGAGCUCUCAGGUAUCAUCACAGCAAGUACAGUUGCAACAGGUGGGAUCACAGCCAUCACAAAUGUCAUCUCACCUGAGAACACAGCAGUGCCAACUAACAGAAAUUGUUCAACAACAUUCUCAAAUAGAAUUUGAGCCAGCUCAGUUGACAUCACAGGUGGGAUCUGAUCAGUCAUGUAUUACAUCAGAGGUCAGAUCUCAACAGGAUCAGUCACUGGCCCCUAUGACAUGUCAGCAACCUGCAAAUAGUAAUCAGAGAGAACUGCAGACAGAAGUCCAGGAAGGCUCCCAACAUCAUCAACAGCGUGAAUCUCAGGAAGCUCCAGUGACACAGCAGACUGGAACACUGCAGAAUCGGACAACGCUCGAUAUGACGAAAUGCCAGUCUCCCAGUGCAUCUCAGAUGGGAUCGCAGAUAUCCCAAGCAGACUCUCAGCUGCCUCCAGUGGAAUCAAAUAUGCAUGGAAGACUAGGACAAAUUGCUUCUCACCAAUCUAAUGGAGCAACUCAGACUGGAACCCACUCUUCCCAAAUAUCACAACAAAUAACAGAAUCAGAGUCACAGAUGUUAAAACUUGCAUCACAUUCUAGCAUGAAAACUCAAUUAGAUAACCACCAGCAUAGAAUAAUAUCUGAGGUGCAACAGCACAAUCCAGUGGAAAGCCAGCAGUGCCAAAGGCAGGAACAGACAUCACCACUUAUGGGGGCAUUUGUAGAUGCUCAGCAGCCUGAAAUGACACCUCAAGCUGAGGGCCAGCAGUCCCAGGCAAGUAGUCAAAUUCUGCAGCCUCUAACAAGUCAUCAAAGAAUGGCAGAUAAUGAACACUGUACAGAAUUACCAACAGGCCAACAUUCCCAAGGAACUCAAGUAGAUACACAAAACUGUGUUAGAAACCAAAGCAACCAGACGUCGCAGUUAUGUGAAAAACCACUAGCAGAUGCUCACGUUAGUCAGAUGUCACAAAUUGAAACACAUAUUUUCCAACAAACCCAGUUGGAGAGCCAAGUGAACCAACAUCAGUACACGUGUCAGCAGUCUAACACAAACCAGCAGCAGCCUCAUGUUGAUAUGCAAAUGGGGCAUCAUUCACAUAUGGGAAAUUACAUGAACCAGCAGACGUCACUGGAAAAUCUGUCUAAUUCUGAUAACCAUAUGAAUUGUCAACCAAAUCUGAAUCAGCAUUCACAGGUGGGAACACAGACAGGUCUCCAAUCACAAGCUGAGUCACAAGAAGCCAUAUCUGUGGACCAGAAUACACAUUCAGUGAACCAGAAGUCUCAAGUGUGUGACAAUCAGUCCCCCACACACACCCAGCAGCAUCAAGAAGGGACUCAGACCCAGCAGCAAACUGAUCACUGUGAGCCACUUGCCGGACUGCACAUACCUCUGCAGGUGAACAGUCAGCAGCAACAGCAGCAGCAGCAGCAGCAGCAGCAGCAGCAGCCGCCGUCUGUACCACCACCACCACCACCACCUGGCCACCCAAGUGAGGAAAAAAAUCAGAGGGUUAUUCAGCAGUCAGCAGUGGGCAGUCAGGUUAAUCAGUCUCAACAACAUACUGGCUCUAGCACAGAAAACAUUGUACCACCUGGGCAACAAAGUCAAGCUGUAGGCCAAUCUAGUCUGGUAACUGGAAACCAGGAAAAAUCCAUGCAGAACCAGCAAGAUGAAAAUGCACAUCACGACAAUUGUGCGACGUCUCAAUUGCACUUAAGUGGGUCAGACUGUGAGUUGAUUAAUUUGGAAACUCAGAUACUUCAAAGUAAUCAGUUUUCAGUUCCAAAUCACAGUAAAACAACAGAUGUAGAGAAUUUGCAGAAUGUCAUCAUAAGUGACCAUCAGAUAAACAAUGAAAAUGGAAUUGUCACAAGCCAGAUGGGUCAGAUACAAGGUUUUAAUGAUAAAAUUACAAGUGUGCAAAACUCACAGGAAACCUCUGACAAAUUAUCCAGCAAGACGCAAGAUUGCCAGUCACAGAUAGAACCUAUAAAAAAUCAUUCUGGAACUGAAAGUCAAGGAAAUGUUGAAAACUGUACAACUCAUUUAGAUAAUAUCGUAGCAAAAAAUGCUGGUAACAGCAUUACUAAUGCACAGGAAGUUGUGGGAGACCUCGCACACAGUGUAAAUAAUGAGGCAUCAGAUGAAAGGAAAGAUAUGUCAACAAAUUUAAAUAGUAAACUUUUGCCCCCAUAUUCUGAAUGUCCAGAUCAAAGUAAUGAUUUGAAUGAUAUACAGUCACUGUAUUGUGAUCAUUCGUCUGUUGCUGGGAUAGAACAAAAUCGUCACAUAGAAGAUACCAACGCAUUGAACUCCAGUGUGCAUUCUGAAGUUAGCUGUCAUAACAGUAGUAGCAGCAGCAGUAGCAGCAGCAGCAGUAGCAGCAGUGGUACCUUAAGCAGUACAAGUCUUGACACUAAUAGCAGUAAUGGUAGUAAACUGAUACAAACUACCACUAAUGCUGCAAAUUUUAUCGAUUUGAAGAUUUGUGAAAAUAACAGCCCUGUGUUCAAUUCGACAUCAGCAGAGCAAUCAUUUUGUGAAGAGACACUAAAACAAGAAACUAAGGAUCUGAUGUUUCCAGACUUCCACUCUACAUCUGGUAGUAUUUUCAAUCAGUUUGCAACUACACUUUCACCUACACUUUCACCUUGUGCUCAGACAUGUGAUAAAUCUUUGAAUCAGUGGGGACAGCAGAGAAAUGAUGUUUGUGAUGGAGAAAGACUGGUUGGUGGUGACGUUGAAAAGCAGUCUUCCAGUUCUGAUAAGACACCCACGACAGAGAAUUCUUCCACUAUUCAAUCAUCGGAUAAAGUUGUUGACAGUAGUAGACCAAUUAACAUCCAAAGCGAAAAUAACUGUUCACCAGUCACCAAAUGUGAAUUGAAAACUGAAUCUGAAGAAUGUUUCAGAAAUAAGAGCCCAUAUUCUGAGAUAAAGUAUAGUGAUAUGUGUUCUAAAGACAGUCUACUAAAGCAUGAAACAAUAGGGACAGAAUACUCAAAGCUCAAAAUGGAAGGUAAUAUAAAUGAAAUGAAGCAAGCAUCUGAUGAUAUUGCAACUAAACUGAAGAUUGAAAAUGAUGAUUCUCAUACUACAGUUGAUAGUUCCUCCCACAACAAAUUGCCCAUAGCAAAUACUGGUGUUUUGGAGAAAGGAAAGGAAAGUGAGAAAGGGAAUGAAAAACAAUCCAGUAACUUUGAUACUUCUUCCAAGAAGGACUGUGGUGGAGAAGGUGAGAAUAAGGAGAAGCAGAGUGAACCAACUGAAAAGUUAACGGAACCAGAAAAUGGUGAAAUUGGACCAGUCCAAGGUACAUACAUGCCAGAUGCAGCAAAAAUGACCGAGUCUGCCUUAGGAAGAAGUUUUAAAGAUGAUCCUGGCAUUCCUUAUGACUGGGCUACAGAGCUUCUGAAGAACUAUGUUCCAGGAUCUAUAGAAAGCUCAGCAAAAAUGGCAGUAUUCUUUUGCAUUCUUGAAGAAUCAAUGGCACUUGGUGAUCGUAUUUUAGUGUUCAGUCAGUCAUUAUUUACUUUAAACCUAAUUGAAGACUUCCUUCAACGAACAAAUCUUCCUGGACGGCAGGAAACUUGGGCAAGGAACUGGAACUACUACAGACUGGAUGGUAGCACAACAGCUUUGGAAAGAGAAAAACUAAUAAAUGAAUAUAAUUCGAAUCCAAACAUACACUUAUUUCUGGUUUCCACAAGAGCUGGUUCCUUAGGUAUCAACCUUGUUGGAGCCAAUAGGGUUGUAGUGUUUGAUGCAUCGUGGAAUCCAUGUCACGACACACAGGCUGUUUGUCGUGUGUACAGAUAUGGGCAAAAGAAGCCAUGUUUUGUUUAUCGUCUUGUUAUGGAUAACUGUCUUGAGAAAAAAAUAUACGAUCGCCAGAUAAACAAACAAGGUAUGGCAGAUCGUGUAGUUGAUGAAUGUAAUCCUGAUGCCCAUUUAUCAAUUAAAGAAGUGACUAACUUGUGCUGGGACAAUGAACAAGAUGGAGAUGUAAAAGAUUUUAGCAAAGAGAAAGACAAAUAUAUUGAUGUAGUGAUGCAAAAAAUUUUGGACAAACAUAGCAACGUACUGUCGAAGGAGCCUUUCCAGCAUGAAUCACUGUUGGUUGAUCGAAAGGAGAAGAAACUUUCCCAGGCUGAAAAGCGAUUGGCAAAGCGAAGCUAUGAAUUAGAAAAACAGGCCAACAUAAAUUAUAGCAGACCUCAGUACUCAUAUUACCAGGGAUCUGGUGGUAGCAGCUCAACAAAUUUACAAACAGGUCUUCAAAUAAGAGCAAUCCGGACUGAGGCAACAGGGGGUACUGUGCCAAAACCUGUGGCCAGCGUUCGACCAAUGCAGGCUGAAUUGAGUGGACAGCUGGAGCGUAGCCAGACACGUUCCACGAUUUCAACAAUUAGUACUGGACGGUCACGUUGGAUUCCUGCCGAAGUGUGGCAACGGCAGGGCAUGAGUGCACAAGAAAUGACUUUGCCUUUGGAUGUUGUGAUACCCACUAAUUCACCAGAUAGAGCUUCAAUAGUCCUCAAAGCAGGCCAGAGGGUCAUGGUGCUGAAAAGCCCCAAGGGAAUUUACAUGCAGCUGGAAAAUGGAAAGAUAAUUGCAAUCCGUACUGCUUUUAAGGUUGGUGGUGCUGGGAAAGGUGCGGCUGGCCAAGAUUACAAAUCAACGGCAGCCAUGCAGGCAGAUAAAGCUGAAAUUGAAUCAAAAAUUGCAGAUAUAAAGAAAGAGGCCAACCUGGCUGCUCAAGCAAACCGUAAUGCACAAAAGGUGAGCAACGUGCUGCCCUUGAAGAACAACUCGGCCAUCACAAUCAUCCCAAAGGGUGUCAGUCCAACUGGUGGGGUUACUGGCAUUUCUGGGGUGCGAACCUCAGCUGGGAGAAGCAAAGGCUCCUGGGGAGGGGGUGGAACGGCAGGACGUGCGCGCCCAAGAACUCAGCCUGUGGCAACAGGUGAAGCGAGGCCAUAUUUCCAGCAGAAAGCAACACCUUCUGCACCAACUGCAACAGCUAAACCAUUCUUCCGUGAUGGACCUGGAAACCGUUCCCAACAUAACAGUGGAUCCACCUGCACUCCUGCUGUGGUAACACCAGUGCUUCGUGAAAGUGGAGAAGAACCUGCUGAAGGGAGUAGUAGUACAUCCAACAGUCCGUCACCAGCACUAGAAUUACGUGGAAUGGCUGGUCCUGAUAAUCAAGAUGGCAUAUGCCGGGAACGUGAUUUGUCAUUUGGCAAUACUGGUAAAGGAAGAGUUAGUAAUACCAAUGAAAAUGCAUCUGAAAGGAAUAGUUCUAUAUCAGAGGGAGAUUUGUGGAGAUCAAGUCACGAUCAGCACAGUGACAGAAGAAACUUACCAAACAAUUCCAGUUCAGAUGAUGUUAGGAAAACGGCACCACAAGAUAUUAGCACAAAUGGUGCUGGCUUCCUUUCAUUUGCCCCAGAUAACAAUAAACCCAAUAGUAAUCAGAUUGGAGAACAAUCAGUACGGAAGCAAAAAGAUGAUGGCCACUGUAAUGCUGUUAGUACAAAAGCACAGAGAGAAGAGCAUGGUACACACACUGGCACUUUAGAGCACGAUGAUGAAAGAUUCCGUGCUUCCUUUCCAGCCAACUCUACCCCUCAAAUCAGCAGGCAAAGGGAGGAUUAUAAUAUGCAAAGACAGUCACAAGACCGGGAAUUUAGUGAAGCUCUUGGAAUUCAGAAAGGUAUGACAGUUAGAACAACAAGAGGUGAUGAUCAGUUUGAAUCAACAUUGAAUUCAAAUGAGAUUUUGGAAUUAGGGAGGCAGAGAGAAGACCUUGAUAUUCAGAAAACCAGCCAAAGCUCAGAGUGCUUUAAUGAAACUGCAGAACUUCAUAGAGCAUUUACGGAAAGAGGAAAAAAAGAUGAUAGAUUGCAAAAUGCAAUAAGUGCUUGCGAUGCUCUGCAAAUAGGUAGAAGAAAAGAAGAUCAGUAUGUGAAUAAAAGAAAUCAGGAUGGUGGAUGUUUCAGUGACUCUAUUGAACUUACGAAGUCCUUUGCAGAGAGCAUGAGAAAAGAAAGUGAAGUUUUUUCAGGCACAAUAAACACCAGUGCUAGUUCACAAGUGGGAAUGAGUUCUUUUAAAAACUAUGAAAGUACAUUUACUGCAGCACAAAGACCCAUUGAGACCAAGGAAAGAGAUACAACUUUAGAUAGCAGUAUACAAUCUGUCAUGUCUGAAACACUUGCAAAAAGUUUCCGUACAGAGCAAAUGAGAUCAUCUCUAGGCUUUCAGCCACAGUUAGAGGAACAAUCUGGUAUGUGUUCUGGACAGGAAAGAAGUAGAAGCUCUUCAUGCCAUUCAGGAGAAUCUUCUCAUAAAAAUCACAUGCAAAAUAGUCUUAUUGAAAACUUCAACGAAAUUGGAUCUCAGAGUUCCCAUUCUACAACUUACCAGAGUGAGUGCAAAUCCAAAGAAAGUGAAUGUGAUGACAGAGAACUGAAGAAAGAUAGAGUAGAAUAUGUAUGUGGGAAGCAACCACAGAGUAAGCAGUUUGCAACAAAUUUCCCAAGUAGUACACAAAUUCUGGGGGAUAACAGCCCACCUAAUAAAAAAAUUAGAGUGUCAAAAUCUGUCCAGAGAAAUAUCUCUGAAUGCACAGGCAGUUAUGAACCUGAAAUUCAAAUGCAGAUGAGACCUUAUGGAAACAACCAACAACAUAUGGGAACAACUACAAAUUUCUCUUCCAGUUUGCUGACUGAUAGACAGACAGGCUCCCUAAGUAUUUCAAAACAGAGAUACCAAAACAGUGAACAUUUAAGACCUGAGUACAGUGCAGCUGAUUCAACAAAACCUGACAGCACUGACAGUAUCAAGUCUAGUUAUCAGCAACACCAACCUGACUCAUCAAAGUCCAAUUUCCAUAAUACAGAUUCUGCUAAAGCAAAUUACUCAGUGCCUAGUCAACUAAAAUCCAUGUAUCAUGGCACAGAACACUCUAAAUCAAAUUAUCAAGGCCAUGAGAUGAAGAAACCUGUAUUCAAGCAGUUGGCAUCACCUAAAAUGUCUUAUUCACAUGGGGAGGCAUCAAAAUCCAACUUUCAGCAAGACAUUAACAAGCAAAAUUUUCAGUCAUCAGAACAACAAACUAGACAGAAUUAUAGCUCUUCGGAAACAAAAUCUACAUAUCAAACAUUAGAUGCCUCAAAAUCCUCACAGGAUGUCCAAACAUAUAAUAGUGCACCUUAUGGGCAGUAUCUCGGAAGUCAGUCAUACUAUGGAGGUCAGCAACAAGCAUCAUCAGUGAACGUCAACCAAUUUGGGGGUUCAUUUGGUGAUGACAACAGAUUUGAUCGAACUAUUCAAAAUGCUCAACAGAGCAUGAAGGAUAGCACUUCACGAGACAGGCCGUCACCUGCUGGACAGAUGCAGCACAUGUCUGGACGUGCAAGUCAUACCCAGCAAACACCAGUAUCAACAAUUCGUAAAGAUCAAGAGAUUAGAGAUUCAAAACGUGACAUGAAGCAGUCACCAUCGUCUACGGUAGAUGACGCUCGCAGUCCGGGUGCUGCUAGCGGCACACGAAGCGGCAACAACAGUGCUCGUUCGACACCUGCUCCAGAAAUGACACCAUCAUAUGCUAAUGCUGGUACAACGACAACACCAAUGCCUCCUGCACAAGGUUCUGUAGUAUCGGCAGCAACUCAAAAUUUUCAGCCAUACAGCGGUCACCAAAAUCCGUAUGAAGCAUAUCCGGGGACAGCAAAUUGUCGUUAUAGUGGUCCAGCAACUACUCCUGAUCCAUUUGGCUAUGCAACUACAGGAUUAAGGCCUAGUGGGCCUUCCUCAACUUACGGAGGACCGGGAACGACAUAUACUGGGUAUCCUGCCACUCGCUAUGGUGCCACAGAUUACACCAGUGCAUCUGCGUACAGUGCAUUUCACCGACCAGAGCCUCAGCGCUUUCCUACUGACAUGGGUCCAACAUUCCCAGCACCACCACCUCCACAACCACCACAGCCAUCCACAUUUGCUCUUGGCACUCAUCAGCGUGCUACAGGAUCUGACACUGCAAGUACUGCCAGUGGGUUCUACACGCAGAAUGUUUAUGGACCAACCACGUAUGGCCCACGGCCGAGCUAUCCUGGCCCGGAUCCUGCAUACUAUGGAGGACCUGCCACACCUGGUUUUGGUCCCUUUCUCAACCACCAUCUCCACCAGCAUCCAUAUGCUACGAUGCAGCCUCCUCCUACUGGCACACAAGGCCCAGGAACGGGCUCAACACACUGA